GCGCUUUUCCUUCUCACAGUUUCUCGCAGACUGUUACCGGAAGAGCCCCUUCUUCCUGCUUCCCAGGCUGCCCGGCGGCUCCGGUUGCCGGGGAACGCAGGCGCCUUGGGAAGGGAUGGCGGGAGGCUACAACUUAGGUGCUGGAGCGGGAACUCGGUGAAGAAAAGCUCUGGCUCGUCAUGAAACAACGAAAAGGCCAGGGGCCUGUGGGCGUCCGAGGCCGCAAGAAAAGAGGUUUGAGUGACAUUUCUCCGUCUACAAGCCUACCACCUCUUGUUGAAGGCCAGCUACGCUGCUUUCUGAAACUUACUGUCAAUAAAGUCAUAUGGAAGAUUGCAAAGCCUCCCACUUGUGUACUUGUCCGAGUGAGAUGGUGGGGAGAAACAUCAGAUGGAACCCUAUUUUGUCCUAGGGACGCAUUGCAGACUGAACCUAAAGCUGUGAGAACAACUACCCGUUAUGCUGUUCGCUGUGGUCCAAAGCAGUUUACCUCUUAUCUAACUGAUAUGGCUGUGCUGGUGCUGGAAGUAAUCACCAAAAUUGACCAUCUUCCAAUUGGUAGAGUUCAGAUCAGUGGACUAGCCCAGCUUUCUCCAACCCAUCACAUCAGUGGAUUUUUUACCAUUGUUUCACCAACAUCCAAGAAACUUGGAGAACUCCAGGUCUCUCUUGCCCUGGAGCCUCUGUCAGAAACUUAUGACAGCUAUAGCCCUCUUCCAGCCACCGAUGUGAAAGAAAAUGUGCUUUUAUCUGAGCAGGAAUUCAGAGAAUAUACUGAACCCAGCAGUAGCCAGUUUCUGGUUCCAUCAAGGCCCCAUAGGAUGCCUACCACCAAAAUUGAUGGAAAAGAGUUAGCAGCUAACAGUAGUAGAUCAACCACUCCGAGGGGAAAGGACCACUUGUACUUUGCAGAGAACUCUGAUACAAUAAAGGACUCUUUCUUCAGACUACAACACCAUCUUAAUUCAGGACAGAGUUUAGAGUCUAUGACUCUGAAAGGCAAGGCCCCAAGGAAGCAGAUGUCCCUUCUUAACAGUUCUGAAUUCCAGCCUCAAAUUAGGACAGUGGCCAAGAGUCGCAGUGACUCAUGCAUUCUUUCUUCAAACAACCCCCCUACCAAGGACCUUCUUUCAGCAUUGUUAGAACAAGGUGAUAAACUGCGUAAUGCCAUGGUGAUCUCUACAAUGAAAUCAAGCCCAGAUACUAGCAUGUUGUUGGAUGAAGUUCAUCCUCCUAUGAAAGAAGAUUUUCUUAACGCCUCAACACAAAUCAAAGCCUUGUCUAGGGACCAGUUUAAAGACCACAUAGCAGAUCACCUCCUUCCUCCAACUGAGAAUACAUUUUGGAAACAUGACACAAAAGACGAUACCAGAGCUAUACAGCUGCUAUUAGGCAGUGCUGAAUUAUCCCAAGGUCAGUACUGGAAUGGGCUUGGCUCUCCUCCAGAUUCCCCAUCUCCUGGGAGUGAUGUGUAUUGUAGCAGUGAGCUGAAUGAUCCUCAGUAUGACCAGAGUCUCCUGGAGAGCUUAUUUUACACUGCACCUAAAUCCGAUACCAGCAUCAGUGAUUUCUUCAGUGAAGAUGAUAUUGUCCCUUCUAAAAAAAUGAACCAGUCAAAACCUCUUGCCAAAUCUCCUAAGCUUGUGGAGUCAAGUGAUCCUAAGUUGAAGAAAAGGGCAGCAGGCAAGAAAAAUAGAAAUGUGGUUGAACAACAGAUGAGAUCAGAAACUCCAGAAGAUGCCCAAGUGAUGACACUAAGUGUGGAUAGAUUGGCCCUUUUGGGUAGAACACAUUCAGUCAGAAUCAUCAUCGAAACAAUGAUAGUUCCUCCAGAUAGUCCCCAGAUGACCUCUGGCAAGAAAAGCUUUCCUGGCAGACCACUUAAGCUGACAGCAACAAAAAAGCGCACCUUCUUUGUGGAAUAUCACUUUCCUGUGGGCUUUUCUAAAAAUGGAUUGGGAAAGACAGCUUUGAUCACCGAGGUCGUUCGACUUGCCUCCAGUAAAAUUACAGAUGGAAUGGUGAAUUUCCAGCAGCGAUUUGUGUUUCCAGUACAUUUUGGUGGCCCAAUGAUAGAACACUGGUGGAAUUCCAACCUCACUUUCCAAAUUUACACAAAGAAAACCUUACAGAAAAAGCCAGAAAUCAUUGGAUCUGCAUCACUGCCUUUACGAACUGUCAUUCAGUCUGAGUUGCUUUCUUUCAGUAACCAGCUUCCAGUGCAACAAGAGAAUGGUCAGACUCCACUGGGCCCCCUUAAGGUAACUGUAGAGCUUGUUAUAGAUAACAAGGAUUUCACUGGUGUGAAUACUAAAUUAAGUAGCAGCACCCAACAUAGCCCACCUUGUGCUCUUACAAGUCCAGAUAAGACACUGUCAGAACCUGGUCAAUAUGUUACCUGUACCAAAAAUCCAGAGAACCUCAAUCAAAUUCACAAAGAAGCUGCAAAUAAAGUGCAAAAUUUGAUGCUCCCCAACUCAAAGUCACCAAGCCCUGUCACAUCAAAUCCUUCAACCUUCAUGGCUGUGCCAGCCUCUCACAAUUUAGCAAAUCAGACAAAUGGGUCAACAAAAGAGACUGCUUUGCUAUUGCAUGUGCUGUUGAUGGUUCCAGAUGGGAAGGAUUUCAUUACUGGAGAAUCUGAUAAACAACCACCGUGCAAUGUUUAUUUAAAUUGCAAACUUUUCAGCACAGAGGAAGUCACCAGAUCUGUCAUUGCAUGGGGCACAACACAACCAGUCUUUAACUUUUUACAGGUGAUUCCUGUCUCUCUGUCUUCCAAAUACCUGGAAAGGCUGAAGAACAACGUGAUGGUAAUUGAAGCGUGGAACAAAUUGCGGAGCCCUGGACAGGACAAGUUGCUCGGGCUGGUGAAACUCCCCCUCCAUCAGUUUUACAUGUCAUUCAAAGAUCCCAAAAUUUCUCGCCUGCUGCUUGAUGCUCAGUACCCAGUUGUUGCUGUUGACAGCUACAUGCCUGUGAUUGAUGUGUUCUCAGGCCACCAAAACGGGAGUCUUCGCGUCUUUUUAGCCAUGGGUUCUUCAGAUCAGAUAAUGGCACUGCAGAGAUUAAAGAAUGAAGAAGGAACACUUCCUCCCUUCAGUCCUAGGCCAGCCCAUUUUCUGGACCAGCCAUCUACAGCAUCUGUUAAUGUGAUGGAGGACCAAAGAAGUGGAUUGAUGGAGCAUCACUUUGAGCUCCAUGUAGAGAAAGUUAAAGGGCUAGCCCCUCUUCAGGCAACAGUCUGGGGAGAAGCAGAUUGUUAUGUCCAAUACUACUUUCCAGUUCAAGACUCCCAAUCCAGUGUGCUAAAAGGAUCUGAGUUCCCUGAAAACGGAAUCUCUUUGAAGCCUUUCAGAUCUGCAACCACACUCUGUGUUCCAGAUCCCAUCUUUAAUAGUGAACACCAUCACUCUCUGCUGUUGCCAAGUGACGUUCCAGUGCAAAGGCUUCUACUGAGUGCCUUCUCUGCACAGGGGCUUGUUCCUGGUGGUGGAGUCCAGUUUGAAAUCUGGUGCAGAUACUAUUAUCCUAACGUGAGAGACCAGGUGGUUGCCAAAGGAACCUUGCCAUUAUCAAGGAUCUGUGCCAUGAUAACCAUGCAGCACCGUGAGGAUGUGGGAAUACAAACCUUUAAUCUCCCUUUAACCCCCAGGCUUGAGAACAGGAAAGAAUUGAGGAACCAGUCAUCAGGUUUACUGGACGUGGGACUAAGGUACAGGCGUACUCCCAGGACAGCAGAGGGAGUUCUUGCUGCCCGAGCUGUGUCUAUCUCAGUCCAAGUUAUCAGAGCCUGUGGCCUGCAAGCAGCAGCCAAGGCUCUGGCGGAGCAGGAACCCGCUCUACAGUUCAGUGCCACAGUCGGGGUCAAUGCCUUUGUCACCACUCAUCUCUCCUUCCUGCCCAAGGGAGAACAGCGCCGAACCCGCCCCAUAGCCUGUUCCUUCUGCCCUGAGUUCUCCCAUCACAUUGAGUUUCCAUGCAACUUGGUGACUCAGCACUGCAGUGGAGAGGCCUGUUUCCUGGCAGAACUGUUGGAAUUUGCAGAGGUCACUUUUGCUGUUUAUCAUGAAGAUACCAAGUCAGCCAGUGAUAUAACCAGUAUUCAGUCAUUCAGAGAUUAUCUGCUUGGAGUAGUAAAGGUUCCAACAAAAGAGCUGCUGGUCAAGAGAUCUGGGAUCACAGGAUGGUAUCCUAUCAUUUUGCCAGAGGAUGGGGCCCUGCCUCAUGGUUUGGAGCUCAUGCAGAAGAUUGUGGGUGGCCUGGAGCUUUCAGUUUCCUUCACGCAUCCUGGUGAUAGAGAGCGGGUAUUGGAAGCUGCUGAGCUAUUGGGCUGGAACUUUGAGAAUAAUCUGAAGAAUCUUGUCAAGAUGAAUGAAGAGGAGCCAGCCACUGUCACCAUAUCCACCCCAAGGCUCUGGCUGCCCAUCCAUUGUGUGCUUCUUGCUGGCCAGAACCACAUUCAUAAGAACACAUACUGCUACCUCCGCUAUAAGCUGUAUGAUCAUGAGGCCUUCUGGACCCCUCUCAAGAAGCCUAAGGAAUCUACAAACAAAAAACAAGUCAUGGUUACUUUCAAGGCAUCCAGAAGAGCCGAAGUCACUAGGGGCCCAUCACUCCUUUGGUAUUUCAGGGAAGAGAGGUUAGAGAUCCAAGUGUGGCGGGCUUAUGGCAAUGACAGUGUGGAGAGGCCCCACCAGACGGACAGCUGGAUUGGCUCAGCUUAUGUGGACCUGGCCAGACUUGGAGAGAGGUCAGCAAGAACAUUAACAGUCAGUGGUGUGUAUCCCCUGUUUGGACGAAAUGCUUCCAACCUCUCAGGAGCUGCCUUACGAGUUCAUGUGGUUCUUUCCUCUCCUUCUCCACACCCCGGGUCUGCUCCUGAGCUGGAUUCUGUGGACUGCAGCAGCCACAGUGAGUCCGAGCAGUUCCCCAGAAGGAAUGAUGAGAUUCAGCUCUCUCCAUCACCUGCCCGCCAGAAGUCUCCUGCGUCCACCCAGGUCCCUUGCAACACCACAAAGGAAGUCUGCCCAGCCCAGGAGAGCCCUGCCACAUUGGAUGGAACUUUUGCAGUCAGUAUCCUGGUAGAAAGAGCGAUGCAUUUGAGCUUAAAAGGGAGUCCCUUGACAGAACGGAAAGUAUUGAUACCCAGUUGUUGUGUAUCCUUUGCAACGGCUGAUGAUCCAUCUCCUAUCUACACCCACGUGGUUGAAAACACAGAUUCCCCCAUCUGGAAUUUUCAACAGCAGUCAAGGCUAUCAAAAGAGCUUCUUUUGGACCCUCAACAAACUCUGGUCUUCAAAGUUUGGCAUAAAGGAGAUGAGGAGAGGGUGAUUGGCUUUGCCUCAGUGGACCUCUCCCCACUUCUUUCUGGCUUCCAGUUUGUCUGUGGCUGGUACAACAUCACAGACUUCAGUGGAGAGUGUCAGGGGCAGAUAAAAGUUGCUAUCUCCCCUCUGGAGAGUUUGAUGCACUUAAAAGAAGAAAGACAAUCAAGACGUGGGGUACAGACCCCAGGAUUGCUGAACCCAAUAUAUCGCCCCUUUUCCUUCCCUGCCUCUGCGUUCCCCAGCAGCAUUGCAAGAUGGACCCCAGAACAACUUGGUCACACCUCAUCAAAGGAACUUGAUUUCUCCUCUCCUGAGAGAAGUGGUACCACAAGAAGUCAGGCAUCACGCCAUGAAGAGCAUGUGCAGAAUAUCCGCCGGUUUCAUGAAUCCCUGCAGCAGGGAGAGGCGAUUUUGCCACGUGAUGACAAACUGACCACAUUGCCUUUGUCCUCCCAUACUUCCAUUCUGACUUCUCUCAGGAGGAAUCUGAAUGAGCUAGAUCAGAUCCAGCAGUACUUCAGUCAGAAGCUCUCCAAGCCUUUACUGCCCCUCAGUCCUCAGACUCAUAACAUCUUGCAAUGUCAGGAGAGCCACAGGGAUCAUCGUGGACCUGGAGACAGCAGCCUAGACCCAGAGAGCCAGUGCAUCCUGGAGAAAUCCAAUAACCUGGUGUUGCAAGUCAGCUCCUUAAUCACGGAUCUGCAGACUAUCACCAAGAAUACUCAAGCAUCUUUGAGUUCUCACCGAGCCAGGAGUAGAAGCGGAGAGGUUCCCACCCUACCAGAUGCUCAGGACACAAUGGUCAUGGAGGAGCGAAGCACAACUCCAGAACUGCCAUUGGCAAGAGCUCCGGAUGAGGGCAGAAGCCCCUUAACUCGCCCUACUCUUGAAGAGACUUCAAGUGGAAGAGGAAUUCUCCGUGAGUCCCUGGGGCACACAGUACCUAUUACAAGGAUGCAAAGCAGUGAAGAAACUGAGGCAGGCCCAGCCUACAGUGAUGAGGAAUAUGAAGAAGACAUCAUUGAGCCCAGGACCCUCAAUGAUAUCACCACCGUGACAGACAAAACUAGCCCUUGGUCCAGUUUCAUGUCAGACACAAGUGAGGUCAUCAGCCUUCACCCUAAUGAGGUGCAUAGGGAAGGCCCUUCUUGUUCUUCUUCAAAGCAUUUCCCCAGAGACGAGCUCAAGGGCAAAAGUAGCCCUCUGUCCAGUCCAGGAAGGGCGGUACAGCCCCACCUGCUUGGGCAGGGUUCUUCUAGCCAAAGUCUUAUUGCUUGUGAGGGUGAGGCUUCUCACUCUAGGGAUGGAGAGCCUGCUUCAGCAGACCCUCAUCUUAUCUCACAAGUGACUAUCUCAGGAGCCCAGCAGAGCAACACCUCUGUUGGACUGAGCUCGCCAAGAGCAAAUCAGGGCCAGGAGCCCAGACUAGAGGCCCAGACUGAGAAUGAAGCUGCCUCCAGUGAACUAAGUGACUCUGCUGAUAGCUUCGAGAAAUUCCCUCUCCACCUAGCCUCCCGGAGCAGGAAGGAAAGCCGUCGGGGACUACCUAUCAACUGCUCUGACAUCAGGCAGAACCAGGCAACGUCUGGAACAGAGGUGUCCACGAGGCAGAGCCUCCUGCCACAGCCCAUUGUGGUACCCAACUUCUUUUUGCCUCCCCAACAGUUGGAGGCCUCCCUGAGGAUGCUCUCACUCUCUGCAGCUAUACCACCACCAGCCGCAACAGAUCAGGGAAUCGCUCUAGAAAAGAACAAAACUUCAGCCCUGAUGCCAGGUCCAGAGGUUCACUGGGCAGAGGGCAGUGGAGUGGGGAGAGCUUGGCCAGGCCUGGGGGCAUGCCUUGGGGAGGACAAGAGUGAGGCCUCCAGCAGAGUCUUGUCCAGAAGGCCUUGUCGUCCCAGACCCAAAUCGCUGCCUCCCAACUUGCCUGAGGAAGAAACUCGCAGGAUCGCACGGAUAUUUUCUUCCCAGUACUCCCAGAAAGACUAAUACAGACUGAAAGACAAAGGGAAGGAUCCGCCUGCCCACUUUCCUUUGGCCUUGUCCGGCUCACAUGAGACACAAGGUCUGCUUCCUUCAAGGCCGUGAGGGCCCUGAAACUACCACCAGCCUAGUCCAUGGGUGCCUUGGGACCCCAUCCAGCGCAGCCUGGAGGAAUGUUCCAAACCAGUCCAAAGUCCAUCUGCUAGGAUUUCAGCUUCUUCCUUCUAAACAAAAUGGACUCCAGUACCCAAGUGGAACCACCCAGCUUUUGACCAAGGGACCCAAGGAGGCAUCUCUCGGCUGAGAAACUCCUUCCAGUGUCCUUGAUAGCCUACUGCUGACAUGAGCCCACCUUCUGCCUGAAUAUCAUGGGCCAUUUUUGACUUAAAGUUUGGGUGGGGUAGAGGUGGGGGUGGAGAUUGUGUGUGUUGUGCAUAGCUGAGGAAGUCCUUGAGCCACCUCAGCUGAUUUGCUUAGAAAUAAGGGUAUUUUAUAGAUAGAAAUUAUUUUUACGCUGUGUUGAAUUAAUCAAUAGAAAAGGAGGGGGGAAAAUCACCUCCUUUGGACUUUUGUCUGAUUAUCUGAAAUUCUAACCAUGCUUUUAACUUAUUGUUUUUACCCAGCUCUGGAGGUCCUUGUUCCUGCCUGUGUUUGAAUAAAAUCAUAUUGGUAUUUGUA